AUGGUGAAGGAAGUCCAAUGCCUGGCAGGAAGGUUGGUUUCCCUGUCCCGUUUCAUUCCCAGGCUCGUGGAGAAAGCAAGACCCAUCUUCACUAUGCUAAGAAAGCCAAUAAAUUUUGAGUGGACAGACAGGUGCGAGGAGGCGUUCAAGAGCUUCAAAGUCUUCCUCACGACUCUGUCAAUCCUCCAGAGGCCGGAUCACACAGCCGACCUCCUCCUCUACUUGGCCGUGGUAGAAGGCGCGAUCAGCGCAAUUAUAGUACAAGAACACCAGAAACUGCAGACGCCGAUCUACUUUAUCAUCCGCGUGCUCCAAGACACAGAGAAACGGUACCAGAUGAUUGAGAAGCUGGCACUGGCACUGGUCACUGCAGCUCGGCAGCUCCGACCCUACUUUCAAAGCCACCAGGUGGUCGUCAAAACUGACUACCCAAUCAGACAAAUUUUGCGAAAGCUAGAGCUCACCGGAAGGAUGAUAUCAUGGUCAGUGGAGCUGUCCGAGUUCGGCAUCAAAUACGAAAGUCGCGGCCCCCUCAAAGCCCAAUGCCUGGAAAACUUCAUGGCCAAAUUAACUCCAACCUCGGCUAACAAAAAACAGGUAUGGAUCUUGCAUGUUGACGGGUCCUCCAAUUUGAAAGGCGGUGGUGCAGGUAUUAUUCUAGAAGGACCAAAUCAAGUCACCUUGGAGCAGUCUCUCAAGUUUGGCUUCAAAGUAACAAACAACCAAGCGGAGUACGAAACACUUCUUGUAGGGCUAAGGUUAGCUCACGAUCUCGGAGCACGGAGAAUCUCGUCCUUCGACGAGUUCACCAUACAUCAUGUACUGCGAGAGCAAAAUACCAGAGCCAACCUCCUGUCAAAGCUCACCAGCACCAAACGCCCUGGACAACAUUGGACCAUCAUCCAGGAGACCUUGCAUUCACCCAGCUUAGAUGACAAGAUCGUGAACACUAGCGACAGCCAAGAACAGGGAUGGAUGACAGGCAUUUUGAACUACUUGAAGGUAGGAGUUUUACCAGAGGAUAAAGAUGAAGCUCGAAAGAUGAGGGCAAGGUUGGCUAAGUUCGUAAUUGUCAGAGACGAACUAUUCAAACGUGGCAUCUCCACCCCAUUACUCAAAUGCUUGACUGCACCUCAAGCUGCUUAUGUCGUAGAGGAGAUCCACCCGGGUAUAUGUGGCAUGCACUCCGGAGCACGCUCAAUGGCGACCAGGGUACUCUGA